AUGAGAUAACGAAGUGGUUAAAUUUUAUCACCUGCAAGAGUGAUUCAAAACUUUUAGAUGACUACUAAGAAUCACACUAGCAAAAAUGCUUCCUAAUCUCCUUUAAAAUUUAUUCAAAGAAAUAUGUCUCAAAUUAUAUUGAAGGAUUUAAUGAAAUAAGAUAUAAGUCGAAAAGUGAAUCAUGGAAGUAUAACAGAAAGAGUGCAUAGUUAAUAGCGAUCUAACUCAAGGGAUAAAAUUAAGCCUUAAAUAAAAUAAGUAAAAGUUCCAACUGAAAUUAACCUGCCUUUUCAAUAAAUUUCUAAAGGAAUCAAUUUGAUUUAGAAUUAAAAACUAACAAACAAAAAUAAAUUAAUUUUAGAAAAAGGAUCAAUGACUAGAAGAAAUAGUGUUGAAGAUUUGUUAACUAAUUCAAUAUAGAUAGGUGGUAAAUCUUCAUCAAUUGAUAAGCUACCAAAAUAAGAAAUUUUGAUUUAUGUUCAUUAUUCAUCAGAGGUUACAUAAAAUUAUAAAUUUUGUGCUAAUGUAACAACAGAUAAAGUAUUAAAUGCAUUGAAAAAUAAAUCAGGAAACUAUUAAGUUAUAGGAUUUGCAACAUUAGAUGAGAAUAUUGGAUUUGAUUAUUAUUUAACAAUACCUUUUUUACCUUUAACACAUAUGGUUGGUAAAACUAUAAGACUGAAACCAAUAAUAGGAAUUUCACCUCCACAAUAAUUAAAUUUAAGUUGCUUUUAAUUUUUACAUGUAAUAGGAAAAGGAGGAUUUUCUACAGUUAUUUUGUCUCGAUCUCUAAUUGAUGGCAGUUUUAUUGCAUUAAAAUUAAUUAGUAAAACUUUUGUUGUGUAAAAUGAAAAAUAAGAUUUGGUUUAAAAUGAAAGAGACAUUUUAAUUGAAACAACAAAUAAAGGUUCUUUGUUUACAUCAAAAAUUGAGUUUGCAUUUGAAACAAAAAAUUGGAUAAUUUUUGGUAUUGAAUUUUGUCCUGGUGGUGAAAUGUUUAGUUAUAUGAAAAGAGUAUAGAAAAUGACAGAGUCACAAGCUAGAUUUUAUAUUACAGAAGUUUGUUUAGCUUUAGGAUUUUUGCAUCAUUAAUAAAUUAUUUAUAGAGAUUUAAAACCAGAAAAUGUUCUUAUAGAUAUUACAGGACAUAUUUAAUUAGCAGAUUUUGGAUUAGCUAGACCUAAUAUGCAACCAGAGUAAAAUGCUUAUUCAUUUUGUGGAUCUCCAGAGUAUAUGGCACCAGAGAUGUUUCAUAAUGAUGGUCAUAAUAAUAUGGUUGAUUAUUAUUGUUUAGGUGCUUUACUCUAUGAAUUUGUAACAGGACUUCCUCCUUUUUAUUGCGAAGAUAAAAAUAUUAUUUAUACAAGAUUACUUAAUGAAUAAGUUCAAUUUCCAAAAAAAUUAAGUCCUGAAGUUAAAGAUUUAAUCAAACUUCUUAUGAUUAAAGAUCCUAAUAAAAGAUUAGGAUCAAAAAAUGGAGUUGAUGAUAUAUUAUCACAUCCUUGGUUUUAAGAUGUUGAUAUUUCUAAAUAUAUCUAAAAAUAAAUUGAUCCUCCUUAUUUUCCAGAUUUAACCAAACUAUAAUUCAAAUCACCAACUACUAAUGAUAGAAUUUUAUUUGAACAAUUAAAUCGGGAACAAAAAUUAAUCAAUUAAUUUAUACCCAUGUUUGCAACCUCAUUUUUUUAUCAAUAAAAAAGACAUCAAGGUUAUGAAUUUGAUAAAAAUUCUUCUACAUAAGUUACUAAAGACACUAUUGAUUCUUUAGUUAGAAAAAGAACUAAGAAUUCUCAGAAUAGUUAAUAAUCUUUAUUAUCCUAAUAAUCACAGUCUUAAUUAUCAUCAUUAUUAUGUUCUAAUGAAACCCUUAAAAAUAAUAAAAGUAUUACAAACCUUAAAUUUUAUUAAAAUUUAUUAACUGAACCAUCUAAAAAAUGA